UUGUUUCAUAGCAUUCAGGAGGUUGAUUUCUGCUCUGUUCCCGGCCCUCUCUGCACCGAGCUACCAUUUUAUAUCCAAGCAGUGGUCAAGAGUACACAGCUGACGCGAGACAAUCGUCUGUUUUUCUUGCUUAUUGCAUUUGAAAGAACUGUUUUAAUCGUCUAUGAAAGGACAACAUCAACAUUAACAUUAUUCGAUUCACAUAUGCAUGGACAAUCUGAUGGAGCUGUCAUAGCAACUGGACAUAGUGACAAUAUUGGCGAUCUUUGUCAGUGGCUCUCCCACUACAUAUUCCAUGAAACGCAAUCGCAGAAUGAUCGCAACAGGGUAAGGUAUACAGUAAUUUGUCCCAGUAUCAGGAGCGGUCCAGUUUCACAGUAA